CGAGAAAAAUGCAUAAGAAAUUGUUUUUGUCUGACAUCUCAUAUGCGAGAUGCACAAAGUGAUUAAUAAAGGGGAGCAGCUAACAGAAGAAAAACGGUUUUAAAAAGAGCGAAAAUAGAAUAAGAAGGAAUCAGCGACUAGAGGAGGACCAGCGACCAGGCCCGACCAGGCUAGGCCAGACUUACUCUGUCUGUCAAUUGAACGUAGUGCAACGAACCCUUGAUACGGCUGUAUAGCAGAGCAGGGGGUUGCACCAAGGAUCCGUACACGGACACGUACCCCACCACCACCAUCACCAGCAAUACUCCUGUGUAUAUGUGUGCGUGUGUGUGUGUGAGUGCUGUGUGGGUUGACUCAUCAGCAACGACAACAAUAACAACAUCAUCAUCAUCGUCAUCCUCAACAUCAUCAUCCCGGGAGCUACUACUACAGGCUAAACAAAACAACAGAACAACAACUGAGAAAGAGAGAAGGUGGCACUGUGGUCUAUAAAAGGAGCAAUCGGAAUAUCGAUUUUGUUUUUCCUUCAUUUUUGAACGGUCAUAAAUUACCAAAGAGAAGCAAUUUUCACAACAGUUAAUCUCAAAUGAAUUUCACAAGCCAAGCAAACUGUAGUUGCCCACAUAGCCAUCAUCAACACCAGCAACACCAGCAACAACAACAGCAGCAGCAGCAACAACAACAACAUCUACAAAAGCAGCAGCAACAACAUUCAUCACAGCCAAAGUCCACGCUUAUUAAAAGUCACACUUGUGCCUAUCAGCUGCAAGAUUUAGCUGGCUACAAUCGUGCCCUGAUGCCGCCAUUGGAUAACACCGAUUUCAGCAAUGCAUGGCGACAUGUCAACAAUAAUACUCAACACAAGACAUGUGCCUAUCAUCAGAAGCAGCAGCAGCAGGAGCAACAACAUCAGCCCCAUUAUCACUAUCAACAGCAACAGCCGCUGUAUCAUCAUCACACAUGUCCGCGUCAAAAAAAGAAAUCAUCAACCCCACAACCACCCACCACGCCCACAUCCUUUUGCCAGCAGAGACGGUCACGUUCCGCAUCGGCCAAGGCAAGAAGGAAUAGCUCGUAUCACUCCAAUUCCUAUGAUGAUUUGGAUGCCACAUCGGCGGUGGUCAAUGCCGAACGAAAAGUGGUGGCCAGCCUUAAGUAUCUAUGCGCCUGCACGGGGGCCACACUGCGUAAUUUAUCAAAGAAGACCAAAGAUUUACAUGCCAAGAAAUAUACCUAUACAAAGCCCACGUGGCGCCUUUGGGGCGAGGAGCACGAAAAGAAUGCAAUUUUCACCGUCUAUCUGAAGAAGGUGCGCUAUCAUCGACCCACUCCAACGGCCAGUAAUCAGGACUCGGAUGAUGAAAUCUCUCAUUUGGAGUGGGAAACUGUAAGAGUGCGCUUUGUCAAGGCGGCGACAUUGGCUCGUUUGGUCGAGGCUUUGGCCACCGAUGAUGGUGAAUUGGAAUCGACAUUUAUAAAUGUCUUUCUAUCAACCUAUCGUACAUUCUCAACACCGAAACAAGUAUUGAGUUUGUUAACGCAACGCUAUGAUACCCUGCAUGAGGAACAUUUGGAGGAGAUUAAACAGAAUAAACUGAAUCCCAGCUAUGAGUCACAAUCAUCGAACCAUGAGCAGCAUAAAAAGACUCUGGUAUCGGCAUUGAAUGUGUGGUUAGAUGGCUUUCCCGAGGAUUGGCAUGAGGAUAAUCUGCAGCAGAUAUUAGCAUUUGCCACCAAACGCUUAAAUGGUUCCGAAUUGUAUAAAAAAGUGAUUAAUCGUUUGGAGCGAUUGAUUAGACAGUCGGUAUAUGGUAGUAGUAGUGGUGGAGGUGGUGGAGGAGGUGGCGGUGGAUAUGUAGGUAUGGAAACAAAUGGAUUACCUUGGCUAGCAGUUGCUGGAGUCACUGGAGGUGGCAAUGUACAACAAGCACAAUUUAUGAUGCCACCACAUUAUGGCUCCACAUAUGAUUUAAGCGAGCAAUUUAAUGGCCUUUAUCUAUCCACAAUGGGAGGUGGACCCAUCUAUCGAGGACCAACACAUUUUCUACAAGCCUUUCGUUUUCCCCAUGUGCCGGUGCGACAUUUUGCAGAGCAGCUAACACGCAUGGACACGGAAUUGUUCAAACGACUGAUACCCCAUCAAUGUUUGGGUCAUACAUGGGCCAGACGUGACAGUGGGGGUUCUGAGACUGUGGUGGCCACCAUUAAUCAGUUCAAUGCUGUACUAUUUCGUGUAGUUUCCAGUAUUCUAAUUGAUCGUCUAAAGCCUCAUGAACGCGCCUUAAACAUUUCCCGUUGGAUUGAUAUUGCCCAAGAGUUACGUAUGCUCAAGAAUUUUAGUUCACUAAAAGCUAUUAUAUCGGCUUUAAAUUCCAAUUCAAUAUAUCGACUUUCAAAAAUUUGGGAAGUUCUGCCUAAAGAGCGUAUGGAAGUAUUUACGGAACUUGCUCGCAUCUGUUCGGAGGAGAAUAAUGCAUGGACUUUACGUGAGGUAUUAAAACGUGAGGGUACCGCCAAAAACCCUGAUCCGGCUAGUGAUCAAUCAGAUCGUCAUUUACAUAAGAUCAUUCAGAAUUUGGGUACCCAAACGUCACAUGGCACAAUACCAUAUUUGGGUACAUUUCUCACCGAUCUAACAAUGAUACAUACAGCCAAUCCAGAUUAUUUAACCGAAGAUAAACUAAUCAAUUUCGAUAAGAAGCGUAAGGAAUUUGAGGUGUUGGCACAAAUUAAAUUAUUACAAGGAGCAGCCAAUACAUACAAUUUGCAAGAGGAUGCUCUCUUUGAUCAUUGGUUCGUUUCAAUGCCAUUGUUUGAUGAGAGGGAGGCAUUCGCCUUAAGCUGCCGAUUGGAGGCACCACGCAAAUCGGUGGUUAGUACAAAUACAUCUCUAACCAAUACAACUGCCUCGUCCACGGCCUCCAUAAUGGGGAUGGGGCAUAGGAAGACUGAUUCCAUACACUCCAACUCGAGUAGCGGUGCAGGAUCUCAAUUCUAUUGUGAAUUGAAUAGCAGUACAAGCUCUCGACACAAUUCCCUGGAUCGUGACGCUCAUCACACAUCUCUAAUGUCCGCCUCUAGUAGCGUAUCCAAUUUGUCAAUGGAUUCGAGUAAUUCAGGUGGUCGGCAGUCGGGCAAAUUGACGCAUUCCCAAUCUCUGGGCAAUGGCCUCAAGAAUGCAGCCAAUUUGAAUGGCUCAUCAAAUGGCGGUGGAUCGCCACAUAUCAAUGCUCAAUUGGUGCAACCAGCCGGUGGUAUACCACAAUCUGCACCAGAUUUCUAUAUUAUUCGUGUUACCUAUGAGACCGAUAACAUUGAAUUGGAUGGCAUUGUAUUGUACAAGAGCAUAAUGUUGGGAAACAAUGAAAGAACGCCACAGGUUAUACGUAAUGCCAUGGUUAAAUUGGGCUUAGAAGAUGAUCCCGAUCGUUAUACAUUGGCCCAGGUUUUGCCCGAAAAGGAGCUGGUUAUGCCCAAGAACGCGAAUGUCUAUUAUGCCGUUAAUACGAAUUAUAAUCUCAAUUUUAUAUUGCGACCACGUAAAGAUGAGGGUCUUGGUGGUGGUAGCUAGUCCACAGCCGUGCCCCUAUCCCAAUUGUGGUGCUUGGGAUAUGAGGGCGAGGAUUAGGCGGCAAUAUAUAUAUCUAUCAAUCUAUGUGUGUAUAUAUAGUUUAUAGACAUUGAAAGAACUAAACUAUAUUAAACUAAUUUAUUUAUUUUGGAUCAAGAGUUCGACUUUUCGUCAAUUAAGAUAACAUUUGUAAUCUCCUAUUAUCUGACCCCUCCCCUUUGGACGCCCCGCUAAUUUAGAGAGAGAGAUAGAAAUAGAGAGAGAUAGAUGCAAAACGAACGAGAAAGAGAGAGAGAGAAUUCAUUAUUGAAAAUUAUCUAGACUCUUUAUAACUGGAAUAAUUGCUGAUAUUUAUAUAUAUAUAUAUCUAUACAUAUGUCUUUAUAUACGAUUGAUAUUCGAAAAAAAAACAAAAUCAAACACACACAAAAAAAGUGGUACAAUAAUUUUUGAGGUUUAAAUCGAAUCGACUCGUUGAAUGUAUGUACUUUAUUUUAACUGAAAAAAACAACUGAAGAUAAAACAACAACAAAAAACGAAAAAAAUAAAACGUAUUUGUAUAGAUGUCUCUUUUUUUACCCACUGUACGUGUAUUAUAAAUACAAAAACAAAACAAACAAUGCCCACACACACACACACACAAAAUAUACAACAAGUUGUAACUAUUUCGUGGAGUGCACAACAGAAAAUUGUUUUUUUUUUUGGCGUAAACUUUGUCAACGCUCUCUACACAUAAUUUUACAUAUAUUUAGAAAGAAAAUAUAGUUAAGAGAAUAUUGUAAUUGUUUGUACAUUAAUCGUAAGAAACAAAAACAAACAGAAAAUAAAAGUUAGA